AUGGGAAGCGAUAGCUCAAAAUUACGCUCCUCGUCAAGCACACAUGAAAAUUUGCCCUCAAUUAAAUUACCUGCAUCGGCUAGUUACUACGAAGGAAUGUAUAGAAAUUGUGAUGCCGUAAGUCGAUCACGUAACGGCAGCACAUGUAGCCGUAACGGCCAAAAGCAUCCGUUAUCCUUGAAAAUGCGACGAUUAAUCUCAAGUUGUUUCUCGAAUCCGCAUGAGAUGCUCGGGAAACGAAUUAUGAAACGUGCAUGUGAUUUAAAGGAUGAAUUUGCCACCUUCUAUACCUCAUUGGAAUUAGAACAACGUGAAGAAUUGGAGGAAAAUAUUAAAAUAUUGCUCAAAAAAGUCGUCACAAAUAUUGAUUUUGUCGAUGAAGUUACGCGAUUAUCGGAAGAGUUCGGUCAACGUUUUGUCGAACUGCGAUCGCUCGGCUUUCGAGCGGAUUAUUUUGCAAUUUUGGCGGAUGCGACGAUCAAAGAAUGUACGCAUCUGGAUUCGGCUGUUCACAAGGCUCAUACCACCACACAAGCAUUCUCGCAAUUUGGUGCUUUGGUUUUCUCCUCCGUAAGGGACGGUUUCUACACGGAAAUUCGCCGAAUACGACGAGCAUCGAACUCGUUUUCAAUUGGUUCAAACAGUAGCACUAGAAGGAAGAACUUAUCCGAUGGGGAUGGAGUUCGUAGCAGAGGUGGAUCACCCCGAACGUCAUUUUCACGUUCCGGAACGCCAAGAUCUGGAUCACCGGAAUCCGCCGAGGAGAAUCCCUUCGAAGAGUACGGUCAUGAUAUUUUCCUGAAGCCACCAACGAGAAAUAUGCUCACUGCACGAUCCUACUAG